AUCCGCUUCCGCCAUCUUUUUUCCGUCCCUGAUGGUGGAGGUACUGGAGCACGAGCAUAAUGGACCUCUAGUUCCUCUUACCUUAGAUAUGAAAUGAUUGGAUAGGUUUAAGCAGCUUUGCCUUGGAUAGGCUGGGAGGAAUUUCCAUCUGACACGAAGAGGAAGUCGAUUGCUAGCUGGUAAUGGCCACAUUUUGAGAAACUGAACGACUUCGACGCUAGCUCAGUAAAUUGCUAAAUUAAGAAAAAUGAAUCAAAGUUAGCUUUAUGCAAUAGUCAGACAAAUGUGCUUGCUCUAUUAGAUGACUGUAACGUUAGUGCUAGCUAAUAAUGCAUGUUCAAAUAAUCAAAUGCACUUUCAUUUAGCUCGCAGUGGCAUUGGUUUAGCUCGCAGUUAAAACAAUUGCCUAUCCCUCCCUCUACCUGGUUGAUUACAGCUCACCAGUCAUAUAAUGUCAACUGUAUCUGAAGAACCAGUGAGCUCUAUUGACAAAUAUAAGGUAUGUAUAACUGUAAUGUAAAUGUAAAUAUAAGGUAAGUGGCCAUCAUGAAAACACCUAGCCAUAAUAGAUUCUGACCCUACGCUUUCUUACAGCUGCACUGGGUCUGACAGGCUCCCUGUUUAGAUUGACACCACAGAGCCAGUGCGAGAUAUGGCUCGUGAGAAAUGCAUUGUACUCUGAAUUGGCCCAUUAUCCCAACUGUUACACCAAGAAGUUUGAACGACUUAUAGUUUUUCUGGAAAGCUGCCCUUUAUGUCCUCAUGCUAGGUAGCAGUAGCCACAGCAGCCAUUAUGGAAUGGCAUGUCGUGUCGAACAACAUAGGAACUGAUUAGCUGACACUGCCAUUCCAAAAUGGCUGCUGUGGCUUCUGCUACCUACCAUGAGGACAAAAAGGGCAGGUUUCUAGAAAAACUAGAAGUCGUUCAAUCUUCUCAGUGUAGCAAUUGGGAUAAUGGGACAAUUCGGAGUACAACAGAUUUCUCAUCCCUGGAUUGAGGUACGUUUUCUUAUCGUGCUGGCUCCGCGGUGUCUUCAUCUAAACAGGAAGCCUGUUUAACCCCAGUGCAGCUGUAAGCAAGUGUAGUGUCGGAAUCUGGCUAGAAAACACCAUACUUAGCUAGUAGGUAAUGCUUCCAUACCGUUAAAUGGCAUUUAAUAAAUGCCCAUGUAGUUACAGUCCUACGUAGCAAGCUAGCUACUUACCUGGAGCUAGGGUAAAGGACAGAGGUUGGAAAACUUUGGCAUAGCUAGCUAGAUACUUUAUCCAAGGUUUUGGAAAGUGGUGGCUGGUUCUGUGGUGUAAUGCUGCCCUCUCUUGGCCAGAAUGCAGAAGGUGGCUGGAGCCUGCGUCAUGUGAAGCGGGACCUGUUCUCCUGUCCUGAAGAUGAGGCCCUGGCCCACUGUAUCAGCGAAGACUGUCGCAUGGGGGCAGGCAUCGCUGUCAAAUUCAAGAAAACAUUUUGUGGCGUAGACGAGCUGAAGAAACAGAGUGAGUCCUGUGUAUUCAUGUUUGUUGUUAUGCACGCUGCAUGCUAUGGAAGUAUGUUGUGAUGUGCCAUUUUCACUUCAAAGUACGCACUACAGAUAGAAAGGCAUGGUAUACAUUAUAAGCCCAUGUCAUUGAUCAAGAUCACUGUCUACUGUUUUUUACUUCAGUGAAGGUGCCAGGGCAAUGCGCUGUACUGAAAAGAUACAAGCGUUUUGUGUACUACCUGGUAAGAUGCUUGCCACUAUAUACCAACCAACUAAACAUAUAAAGCCUUAUUUUGUGAUCUUUUAUGGUCUCUCUCUCUUACAGAUUACAAAAGAAAAAUACAGCCACAAACCCACCUAUGACAGCCUACGGAAGAGCCUCGAGGACAUGAAGUCUCAUUGCUUACAAAAUGGAGUAACUGGAAUAUCAAUGCCUCGGUUUGUAUAAGUACAUUCUACACAAAAAAAAUCACCAUUAUCUUGACAUUUUAAUUAUUUUGCAUUUUGUUGGUAAGCUGACUCAACUUCCAUUUUUCCUAUCCUUCUAUUCUACAGCAUCGGCUGUGGCCUUGAUGGACUGAGUUGGGAUAAAGUGGAGGAGAUGCUUGAGCAGGUAUUCCAGCCCACAAAUAUAAGAAUCACUGUGUAUACGCUCCCUGUAAAACCCACAGGGAAACCAAGUCCACGGGUGACACCAAGUAUCCAUUGAUGUUUUCUGUAAACCAAAGUAAAUAAUAUAUAUCAGGAACAUUUGUUAUGGUUAUAUUCUCUAUCACCUUUUAUCAUAGGCUCCAAGUGUGUUUUUCAACUCUUAUGACAAUGGGUUUUGUGUGAAAUAAAACUCAGACCAUAUCGUGUUGUGACACAGUGUGUACAUUUCAAGUGUCUCAAUGCCAGGUUUACGCAGCACACCGAUAUGCACCUGUGCAAUGUUUGCUGAAAGUUUUACUUUCAAAAGGUAACAAAUUAAAUCACAAAAUAUAACACUUUACCUUAAGAAUCAUAUCCUUUACCUCCUAAUCUUUAUUUUACCCAUGUGUUUGAUGGUUUUCUGAAAUUACAGGUGCAUAUUUUUCAUGUUAAUUAUGACCCUUUACAGUAGAGCUGUUCUCCACCAGAAGGGGGCACCAAUGAGUUUUCUCCACAUCGUUUCUGUGGUGUGAUCUGUGCAGGUUUUUGUCAUAUGCUGUAAAUACACUGUAAUGCACAAGUACCUCACAUGAGCAUGACUUAUGAAAACUAAAUAGCUGUUUUGCAGUAAUAAAAUCAAAUGUGUUCUACA